AUGUCAUCUGUGGAUGACAGACAUUCAUUGCCCUCCCCAGUCCAGAUCCAGGGAGCAACCAUGAAGACCUUCAUCUUCCUUGCCCUGCUGGGAGCCGCUGUUGCUGUCCCCAUUGAGGAUGAUGACAAGAUCGUUGGGGGCUACACCUGUCAGAAGAAUUCUGUUCCCUACCAGGUGUUCCUGAACUUGGGCUACCUCUUCUGUGGUGGCUCCCUCAUCAAUCCCCAGUGGGUGGUGUCCGCAGCUCACUGCUACAGGCCCCAAAUCCAGGUGCAUCUGGGAGACCACAACAUCGCAAUUGUUGAGGGUGAUGAGCAAUUCAUCAAUUCAGCCAAGGUCAUCCGCCACCCCAGAUACAAUGAACAAAACUUUGAUAAUGACAUCAUGCUGAUUAAACUGAGCUCACCUGCCACCCUCAACUCCCGUGUGUCUACUAUCUCUCUGCCAAAAUCCUGUGCGGAUGUUGAUACCCAGUGCCUCAUCUCUGGCUGGGGGAAUACCUGGAGUUUUGGGGAAAAUUUUCCUGAUGACCUGCAGUGUCUUCAAGCUCCCAUCCUCUCUGACAGCACUUGCCGCGAUGCCUUCCCUGGGAGGAUCAGCAGCAACAUGAUCUGUCUGGGCUACAUGCAGGGUAGAAAGGAUGCUUGCCAGGGUGACUCUGGUGGCCCUGUGGUCUGCAACGGAGAGCUCCAGGGCAUUGUCUCCUGGGGCAUUGGCUGUGCUCUAAAAGGCAAACCUGGUGUCUACACCAAGGUCUGCAACUACGUGAGCUGGAUUCAGGAGACCAUUGCUGCCAACUAAGCAUGUAAGCACGUGUACUGCUCUAUGCACCAUUCUCUUGGACAAUUUCACUUCCAACGAUGCCUGAAACUGUAUCUAAAAUAAAAAUGUA